AUGGUCUCGUGGAUUAUAUCUAGACUUGUCGUGCUCAUAUUUGGGACACUAUACCCUGCCUAUUCUUCAUACAAAGCUGUCAAGUCGAAGGAUGUUAGAGAAUAUGUAAAAUGGAUGAUGUACUGGAUAAUAUUUGCAUUGUUUACUACUGCAGAAGUAAUCACAGAUAUCUUUCUGAGCUGGCUUCCUUUCUAUUAUGAGCUGAAAAUAGCCUUUGUGGUGUGGUUAUUGUCACCAUACACAAAGGGAUCCAGUGUCCUUUAUAGAAAGUUUGUUCACCCCACACUGUCCUCAAAAGAAAAGGACAUUGAUGAAUAUAUAUGCCAAGCAAAGGACAAAAGCUACGACACCCUAGUGCAUUUUGGAAGGAAAGGCCUAAAUGUGGCAGCUACAGCUGCCGUGAUGGCAGCCACCAAGAGUCAAGGUGUGCUGUCAGAAAGACUUCGAAGCUUCAGCAUGCAAGACCUGACGUCCCUCCAGUCUGAGGAGAAGGGGCAGAGUCAAGGCAAGGCCAGUCCCUCCACUCAACCCGCUGCUGGACAGCACAGAACGCGGGCUAUGAUGCGGAGCAAAUCAGAUAGCGGCUACGGCAAGGGGCAAGAUUUUGACAUGACCGAGUAUGAGGUCUUGAGUUUGGAUCAGGGUGAUUUUGUGGAGGUGCCUUCCCUUUCCACUCCAACACCUUCCCAAACCCUCCCUGCCCCCAAGCCCUUCCAGGACGACCCUGUCAACCCACUCCCCACCACACCCACUCCACCCUCUCCACCACCCCCAGCACCUUUAGCUCCAGAUCGGCCUGAGGAGAGGGUCCAAGAGGGGGACGUCCCAUCAGGCUCACCUCAGCUCAGGCUGGUUAAGAGACGGGCUCCAGAGCCUCCUCCUAGAACUUUAAGACCUCUCACCAGAUCCAGAUCAAAGAAUGCCCUAUCUUCAAACAGUGAAGCCAUGUGA